AUGGGGAUCCUGUUCCUCCCUUCCCCUUCCCUUACAGCAGAACCUAUCUCUGCCAGACAGCCAGCUCUGCGACCCCACGUCCACAAGCAGCCCGAGAAGACCACCCGAGUCCGGACUGUCCUUAACGAAAAACAGCUUCACACUUUGAGGACCUGCUACGCUGCCAACCCCAGACCUGACGCCCUCAUGAAAGAGCAACUGGUAGAAAUGACUGGCCUCAGCCCGAGGGUCAUCAGGGUUUGGUUUCAAAACAAGCGGUGCAAGGACAAAAAAAGGAGCAUUAUGAUGAAGCAGCUUCAGCAGCAGCAACCCAAUGACAAAACUAAUAUCCAGGGGAUGACAGGAACUCCGAUGGUGGCUGCUAGUCCGGAGAGACAUGACGGCGGUUUACAGGCGAACCCGGUGGAGGUGCAGAGUUACCAGCCGCCCUGGAAAGUACUGAGUGACUUCGCAUUGCAGAGUGACAUAGACCAACCUGCUUUUCAGCAACUAGUUAAUUUUUCAGAAGGAGGACCCGGUUCCAAUUCUACUGGAAGUGAAGUAGCAUCAAUGUCCUCUCAGCUGCCAGACACGCCCAACAGCAUGGUGGCCAGUCCUAUUGAGGCAUGAGGAACAUUCGUUCAGAUUUCCGUUGUUGUUUCUGCCCUUACCCUCACCCCUGUUGGAGAGAGUGGGAAAAUGAUCGUGUUUGGACUCCGAAAUUUAGGGGGAAAAAGUAUUUAACAACCUGUAAUGAACCUAGCAAGGAAUUGCUCCAUGAAAUGAACGGAGUCAUGUUUGAAAAGACAAGGUAAUAUGGUAGCAACACUGUGAAGACAAUCAUGGGAUCUUACUAGA